AUGCCUGGAGACGAGAAGCACAAGGGAAAACUUCUUACGGGCCCAGAAAUAUUGAAGCAUAACUCCAAGGACUCUUGCUGGGUCAUCGUUCAUGGCAAGGCAUACGACGUCACAGACUUUCUACCCGAACACCCUGGCGGUCAGAAAAUUAUCCUUAAAUAUGCCGGCAAAGAUGCCACGGAAGAAUUCGAGCCCAUCCACCCUCCAGACACACUCGACAAGUACCUCGACCCUUCAAAACACCUGGGCCCCGUGGCCAUGGAUACCGUCGUGCAGGAAGAUAAAGCUGUAGAUCCAGACGAGGAAGAGCGCCAAUUGCGAAUACAACGCAUGCCAUUGCUGGAACAAUGCUACAAUCUACUAGAUUUCGAGGCUGUCGCACGUCGUGUCUUGAAGAAGUCCGCCUGGGCAUAUUACUCUAGCGGCGCUGACGAUGAAAUAUCCCUCCGCGAAAACCACUCCGCCUUCCACAAAAUCUGGUUCCGCCCCCGCGUCCUUGUCGACGUCCAAAACGUAGACAUCUCCUCCACCAUGCUAGGCACCCCAGUCUCCGCCCCUUUCUACGUCACCGCCGCCGCACUGGGUAAACUCGGCCACCCAGAAGGUGAAGUUUGCCUCACCCGCGCCGCAAACACCCACAACAUCAUCCAAAUGAUCCCAACCCUAGCCUCCUGCUCCUUCGAUGAAAUCAUCGACGCCCGCGGGCCCAACCAGAUCCAAUGGCUCCAACUCUACGUCAACAAGGACCGCGGCAUCACAAAACGCAUCGUCCAACAUGCCGAAAAACGCGGCUGCAAAGCUCUAUUCAUCACCGUCGACGCCCCGCAGCUAGGCCGCCGGGAGAAAGAUAUGCGCACCAAGUUCUCGGACAGGGGAUCAGACGUGCAGGCCUCAGACACCAGCUCAGAGUCCUCCGUUGACCGCUCCCAGGGUGCCGCCCGUGCUAUUUCCUCCUUCAUCGACCCCUCCCUCAGCUGGACAGACAUCCCCUGGUUCCAGUCCAUCACCACCAUGCCCAUAGUCCUCAAGGGCGUACAACGUGUCGACGACGUGCUCCGCGCGGUGGAAGUUGGGAUACCCGCCGUCGUUCUCUCUAACCACGGCGGGAGGCAGUUGGACUUUUCUCCCUCGUCCAUCGAGCUGUUGGCAGAUGUCAUGCCUGAGCUGCGCAGACGUGGCUGGCAGGAUCGCAUUGAGGUUUAUAUCGAUGGUGGGGUGCGGAGGGGGACGGAUAUUCUUAAGGCGUUGUGUUUGGGGGCCAAAGGUGUGGGGAUUGGGCGGCCGUUUUUGUAUGCUAUGAGUGCCUAUGGGGUUCCUGGUGUUGAGCGGGCGAUGCAGUUGUUGAAGGAUGAGUUGGUGAUGAAUAUGCGGUUGAUUGGUUGUUCGAGUAUUGAGCAGCUCUGUCCGGACCUGGUUGAUACGAAGGGAUUGGCUGUGAGAAGUGUGCCGAAUCCGGUGGAUUCGUUGGGGUUGGGGGUUUAUGAAUCGCUGGUGUUGCCGUCGGAGAGACCAUCUCCUCCAGCUGAGAAGUCGAAGUUAUGA